AUGACGGAUGGGAGCUAUGCAAAACUUGAGAAGCUGGUGGUUUUUUAUAGGGGAACAAAACGGUCUUUUGAGAUUGGAGAGAUAAAUACGUCAGAGAGGAUGGAGGCGAUUAGGAGGGCUGUUGGGAGAUCGAUGGAGAGCGUGCUGGACCUAAAGGUUUUUGUGACAAAUUACCUUAGAAUGCCGCCAAAGGGGUGUGAAGAUAGGUGGGUUAGUAGAGGAAGAUGGGGAAUGAGUAGGGUUAAGAGAGUGGAGAUUGUGGUUGACUGUUGGCCGGAGUUGGAGAUGGGGGUUGUGGAUUUGAGCGGGGAGAUGGUGGAGGAGCUAAGUGUAGGGACUAGGAAGGAAACGAUAAACCUUGCAAAUGUUGCGGAGAGUAUUCAUUCACGAUUUCCAAAUGUUAGAGUACUAAAGUUUUUUACUGUUGGUAGGAAGGGGGCAGGUUUGAUGUUGCACGUAUCCGAUGUAAGAGUUAUUACGAAGAGGUUUUUGUUUUUAGAGAGGGUUGAAUCCGGGGGUGAAGGGUAUUCUGAGUGUUUUUCGACAGGGAAGAGUGUGUUCGUGAUCAAGAUGACCCAUGAGAUUGGAGGUGGAGUCGAAGUUAUAGAGGAGAGAGCUUGA